ACAAGAGGUUGGGAGCCACACCACCAUUUCUCAGGGUAAAAAGAGGAUAGUCAUGUGUUGAGGAUUGCAUCAAAAAACAGAGUUGUAGCUCGCUUCAGUUCACUACCAUGUCUUUAUGUCCAUCUACAGGUGAAGCUUACACCCAAUACAGCCUCCACAAUGUUCACCUUCAGUACCCAUGGGUAUCAGUCCUCACCAAACACCCUCGUAUCCUACAAGUGAUCAAAGCAAUCCUUGGUCCAGACAUCAUCCUACUGGAUUCCCGUUUCAUCUGUAAAUACCCAACACAUAAAUCUGAGACUAAAACGCUAACUGUGGCCAGUGAAGGGGAAGAAACAAAAUCUAACGGGGCAGCUGACGGGAAUGGACUGCCAUAUGUGGCCUGGCAUCAAGACAUGAGGUAUUGGGGUGUUUCUGGUGGACCUGUUCUUUCUGUGUGGCUUGCUUUAGAUGACUCUCUGGAAGAGAAUGGUGCUCUACAAGUCAUCCCAGGUAGCCACCACUCAGGCAUGCUGCCCCAUCGCCAAGCCACCCGCCCCGGUAACCUGCUCUCAGUCAACCAGGAGAUCCCUGAAGACCUGGUGAACACGGAAAAGACUGUGCUCUGUCCCCUUUUAGCUGAACAGAUGUCUAUUCACGAUGGGCUCCUUGUUCAUGCCAGUGAUGCCAACACCUCCCAGAGAAGGCGCUGUGGGUUUGUGAUUCGUUACGUUCCUACCAGUGCAUACCCCAUACAGGAUCCUGACCAUCCCAGGAAAUUCCAUGCAACAAUGUUGGUGUGUGGGACAGACCAGUUUAACAAUUUCUCCAGCAAAAGUCCAUGAACACCUCUCAACUCAUUAUGGCAGGAGAUAGCAAUUAUUGACACAUUUUAUAAAAAAUAUUCUAUACACUUAAUUUCAAGUCUAAUAAUUUAACAUAUAUACUUAGUGAUAGCAUUAAAAUUAAUGUGAUUGAUAUAAUGCUUUAAAGUUCAUGACAUGCAAAUAUUUGUAUCCUGUGCCAUAAUAAGACAU